AUGGAUUCUGCUCCUGAGAUGAUAUCUGAUUAUCUGUUGAAGAACGGUGAAUUAUCUUAUAUUCAUAUGCUGACAUUUGCUUUUCCCAACCUGGAUAUGUUUUUGGUAUGCUUGCAUCAGUCCUUCCGCAGACCCAAGAGUUUGCCAUGGCAGCCUGGUUUGUUUGAAGAUAGCCUUAGAGCUGCAGGGUUACCAGGAUUAGAAAUUGGCACAAAGUUAUAUGUUUCCAACUUGGACAUUGGAGUGACCAAUGAAGAUAUAAGGGAACUUUUCUCUGAGAUUGGGGAACUAAAACGUUAUGCAAUUCAUUAUGACAAAAAUGGCCGCCCAAGUGUAAGUUUCAAAGCUUAG